UGUCGCUCGACCGGUUUCCCAUUAAUCGAAUGUAGUGUGCGCUUAGUACAUCUGGAUGAUUGCAUUGAAAUGAGAGCAUAAACUUCAUAAAAAAAGAGAAUUACAUACUAUUCAAAUGGGUAAAUGAGCAUUGAAUUUAUGACUAAAAGUAUGAGGGAGUAAUUAACUAGGCAGACAAGCAACCAAUGCCAUAGCGAGUGUUUGGAAAGACAAGAAACAGCCCACUGCAAAUAAUCCCAACCAUCAACGGGAAACUCUGCAUCACUUCAUCCAUCUCCUUCCCAUGUCCGGGGAACAAACAGUCCGUCACGCGGUGGUCGGAAAACGCGAUCGCCAUGAAAACCAUCACCGACAUCACGGCAUGCACGAAGUCCGUGAACCCAACCUUGUACCGGUCGUCCUUGGGGACUUCCACUCCGGGGUCGCUCUUGAACACCGCCAACCCCCGAGGCGUCACAAAGCCGUAGUACACUUUCCGGCCGUCUGGCCCCCGGAAGCUGUCGGUGAAGUGGAAGAAGAAGCAGGAGAGGGCACAGAGGGCCAGGAGGACGAGGAUCAUGGUGGUGCUGACGGAGGAGCACUGCCCUUUGGCGUAGACGCUGGGGAGGACCAUCUCGAAGGUUAGCAGCGUUCCAGUCGGGAGGAAGUUCACCAGCAGCGACGUUUUGGAGAGUGUUUUUUGUACCCCGGCCGCCACUGCCCGUUUUUUCCGACCUCCCACUGGCACCGGCAUGUCGGGUGGACCCGUCGGCAGAGAUGAGUCUGGGGAUAUUCUGAUUCCGAUUCCUUCUCCUGCUUCGUGAUCCAUUUUUGUGCUUUUUUGUUCAAAUUCAAGGCCAAUAGAAAUAUUAAUUAGAUUGAUAAAAGAUUGUGGGAAAUGUAAUACAGAUGUAUACGCGGUAUGCGAUUUCAGAUAUAAACUGUAAUGCUUAACUGCCUAGGAUCGGUUACAAUGUAACUUACACUAGGAUUAUACAUGUGCCCGCGAUGCACUCCGAUCCGUAUUAUUUUCAUGAUAACAUUGAAAUAUAUGUUAUAUGUAUGGUAUGAUAUGAAGUAUUAAAAAGUUUUUGUACACAAAAGCUAAAAACA